AAUGCCCUCUAUCGAUAUCCGUUGGCUUAUUUUCGGAUACAUAACCUCAGAAUAAUAAUUUUUAAGAACAAAAUAUUAUAAAGUUAUUUAAAAAACCAAAUAUUUACUUAGAUGAAAAUAUGAUUUGUCCAGACUUCUUAGAAUUUCAGGAUAUUCUGAAAAAAAUGCGUGUUUUAGAUGAUAAAAUAGUUUACUCCCUGAAUACAUCGAUACCGACAGAGUCCUUUAAAAACAAAGUAGAUGCCUCCUCAGCUUGCCAAGACUUAUAUGAACAAAUUCAGAAGGGACAUGGUGAACGAGAAAGUGUCAUUAAAAACUGUAUUGUCGUGACUGCUGAUACAGUUAAAAAUUUAAAAGCAGCAAAGGAACAAGCUCCAGACGAUAUUGAUUUACUGAAGAAUUUAAAGUCUGAACAAAGAAAGUUACGCCUGCUGCAAACUGAGCUAAGUGUAGAAGAAGUAAUAAAGGAAAAGACAUCUAAGUUAUUCACCGAAAAAUGUAGAACCUAUUACAAACCUGGAAUGUAAUAAAGACUGAAGUAUGCAUUUACAAUGAGGAUUUGGUUAUGUAAAUAAUAAUUAUAGCUUUAUAGAUAGAACAAAAAUAUAUAUUAAAACAUUUCCAUUGA